AUGAAUGUUAUAACUGAUAAUCAUGAUAAUCUUAAUGAAAUUUGUGUCAAACUACAGUUGCCUAUUUUUUCACUUACUCAAGAAGUUGGUUUUUUAAUUGAAUACUGCAAGGUUAUGAAACCAGUUGCCCGAGUUUUAGGUAUAUUCCAAGGAGAAAAAAAAUUUGCAUUGGUUAUUUAUUACCUACCAUUAGCACAAUAA